GAGUGGAAGGAGCUGUCCUCAGAGUCAGAUCUCAGCUCCACAGGCCGCCAUGGGGAUCCCCAGGACCUUCCUGCACUGCUUCCUCGGGAGCCUGCUCUGCCUGACAGGCUCCCAGGCCCUACAGUGCUACAGCUACGAGCACACCUACUUCGGGCCCUUCGACCUCAGCGCUGUGAAACUCCCCAGUGUCUCUUGUCCUGAGGGGUGCUCUGAGGUGGUCUUGUCGCUGGAUACCGGUUACCGCAGCCUGGUGACAAUGGUCCGGAAAGGAUGCUGGACAGGCCCCACCACCGGCCCCAUGCAGACCAACCAGGAUGCUCUGCCUCCCGACUACGCGGUGGUCCGUGGUUGCGCCACUGACUACUGCAACAGCAACCUCAAGACUCACGACGCCCUCCCCAACCUGAGCCAAGCUCCUAACCCACAGACGCUCAGUGGCACCGAGUGCUAUGCCUGCUUGGGGACCCACCCUGAAGACUGUUCCCCUGAGAAGUCCCGACGGGUCCAGUGCCACCAGGACCAGAGCGCCUGUUUUCAGGGCAACGGCCGGAUGAACAUUGGCAACUUCUCGGUGCCCGUGUACAUCCGGACCUGUCACCGGCCCUCCUGCACCACCAUGGGCACCACCAGCCCCUGGACAUCCAUCGACCUGCAGGGUUACUGCUGCGAGGGCCACCUCUGCAACAGGGCCUCGGUGACACAGAUCCUGCCUGGCACCAUGUCCUCGGCCCCUCCCAGAGCUCCCCGAAUCCUGACCCUGCUGACGGCUGCUCCACUACUGGCCAUCGCUCUAGGGGCGUCCGUCGGGUUCCCUGCAUAGACAGCACCUCCAGGAUCGCUCCGCAACUCAUCACUCCAGCCCCUGGUGUGGGCUCCUUUAAAAAUGAUGUGAAAAUAAGAGCUGCACUCCUGUCCCUCCAGUCACAACCUUCCACCCUGCUCUCUGUCCCUCCUUACUGCCGCUGGCCCCACCUCCUGGAAGGCCCAUCUAUCCAGUGCAUUGAACGAGGUCCAACCAGCUUUCAAUAGUGCCAUCCCCUGGUCACCAAGCCUUCAAUACAUGAGCCUUUUGUGACCCUCUCACAACAAACCAUGCCACUCACCUUAAAAACCCACUUCUAGCAAGGCUAGUGGUAAUACCAGGCUGUUGUCCCAGCACUCAGGAGGCUGAGGCAGGAGGAUAGCUACUUCAAGGCCAAGCUGGACUACAUUGCUAGUUUAGGUCCAGCCUGAAUUACAGUGUGAGACCCUUUCAGGCAUGGUGGCACACACCUUUAAUCUCAGCACCACGGAGGCAGAGGCAGGUCUGAGUUUAAAGUCAACUUCGUCUACGGAGUGAAUUCCAGGAAAGCCAAGACUACAUAGUGAGACCAUGUU